AUGGCCACCAAAUACAAGACUCCAUUCAAAGACAGAGACGCCCAGCUUUUCAUUUUCUCAAAACACCCUUUCUACUUAUUCUUGUUUUUGGUAACGUGGUUUCUUCUCCUCUUCUACUGUCUUCCCGCCAAAAAAACAGCUACUUUGCGAAUUUCCGGCAGCGACGACCAGAAACUGACGACGGCCAGCCGGAGAUGCACCGCCGGAGCGUUGGUCUACGUCUACGAAUUGCCGGAGAAGUUCAACGCCGGCCUCCUCGAGGACUGCCGGAACCUGAGCGUGUACACCGACAUGUGUCCGCACGUGGCGAACCGUGGGCUCGGGCAGCCGGUGCCGGAGAUGGGCAGCCCGAGCUGGUACGCGACCCACCAGUUCAUCGCAGAGAUGAUCUUCCACGCGCGCGCGGAGAACCACCCGUGCAGAACGUGGGACCCACAGGAGGCCGCGCUGUUCUAUGUGCCCUUCUACGGCGGCCUGCACGCGUCAAGCAAGUUCCGGGAGCCCGACCUGCAAGCACGCGAUGCGCUGGCGGUCCAGCUGGUAGAGUAUCUGAGUCAGCAGCCAGCGUGGCAGAGGAACCAGGGUGCGGACCACUUCCUGGCUCUUGGCCGGACGGCCUGGGAUUUCAUGAGGUCGGAAGAUGGGGUGGACUUCGGGGCCAAUCGCCUCCUGAGACUGCCACGUGUCUUGAACAUGUCGGUGCUGACGGUGGAGCGGCACCCGUGGGAAGGGUCCAAUCAGCACGGGAUCCCAUACGCAUCGUACUUCCACCCGUCCACGUUGGAUGAGAUGGUGACGUGGCAGGAAAGGAUGCGAUCGAGCCCCCGGCCCUUCCUUUUCUCGUUCGUAGCCGGCCCACGGAAGGGGGUCGACAAGGCAGCCGUGCGGGACGUGAUUUUCCGUCACUGCGCUGAGUCGACUCAGUGCCACCACGUGAAGUGCUCGCCGGGUGCGCCGGAGUGCCACGAGCCGAACCGGGUGCUGGGCGUGCUGAGUCGGUCCAUCUUCUGCAUGCAGCCCCCAGGCGACUCGUUCACUCGGAGAUCCGUAUUCGACUCGGUGCUAGCCGGCUGCAUCCCGGUCUUCUUCUCGCCCCACACGGCGUACACUCAGUACGAGUGGUAUCUACCGUCCGAUCACGAGGAGUACUCGGUGUACAUCGCCGAGGAGAAGGCGGGCCAGAUCGAAGAGGAAUUGCUUAAGAUCCCGGCCGAUAAGGUGGAGAGGAUGCGGGCAACCGUCAUCGAUCUGAUCCCAAGGCUCACGUACGCGCACCCAAAUACGACUGAUGCCUGGUUACUGGACGCCGUCGAUGUAGCGCUGGAGCGGUUGGCGAAGCAUGUGCGGUCGAGAUUUUAGUUUGGGUGAGGAACGAUGGCCAGAUGGGCGUGAACUUUGCCAACAUUGGGGUCCAUGGCUCGUAUAAGAAUGUUUGAAGGGGUUGUGUUGGCACGGUUACGACAUUAGAAGUGUACGGAUUGGCUAAGAUUGUCUGUAGCAAUUAAAUGGUCAUACAGCUUUAUGUUGUACAAUAUUCAUGUGUUAAAAAAUCCAAUAAAGAAUGGAACAUGUCUACCUUGUGAGAACUGACAAUGAUUUA